AUUCCUCAAAAAUGAUAUCCAGAGAAAUUUCCCUAAAAGCCACUAUAGUGAGUUGUUAUAGGACACAUGUUACGUUUUAUGUAUGUAAAUGCAGCUUAGACAAGCAAAGGGGUGUAAAACCACGAGCUGUGAUUUAAAUCCCUUGAGGGAAACUUGGGUCGGGACAGGAUUGUGCAACAUUACUUCCUCAUGAGGUGUAUAGGCGUGUACCGUGAAUGCUGGAUUGCCCUACUCACUGUCUCCUGCAGAUACAAGUCGAAACUAUCCCGUAUGAAGAAACCAGUUGAACCCUCAGCAGUAGGUCUUGGUUUUUCAACAUGUUUUGAGCAUCAGUGACUAUACCCCUACCCUCAGGCCUCAUAGGAUCGUGGAGAUGUUCCUCAGUCCUAGCACCUUGUUAAAAUGUGUCUGGCUCCAGAUACAUCUGACAUGUGCCCUGGGAACAUGCCCUACGAUUUUACAAACCCCUUUGAACUUUUCCGUCAACUACCCAGUUCCCUUUUUUCAGACUACAAACGGCAUACAGAACAUUGUAGUUAAGACGAAUUUUAAUGAAGUUUACGUGGCUUCCCGAAAUGUGAUUGAAGCUCUGGACGAUCAGCUUAACAAACUAUGGGAAUUAAAAACCGGCCCGGUCGGCAGUCCGGCGUGUCAGACCUGUUCCUGUGACAUUGAGAAUGAGCCGGGAACGCCAUUGGACACAGAUAACCAGGUUCUUGUUUUGGAGCCGUUGGAACAUAUUGACAACCUGUACGUAUGUGGGAGCACCCAGUAUGGAGUCUGUACCGUCAAUGAACUUAAUCAAGACAAAACACCCCCUGAACCUAAAUGCUUUUUCAAUAAAAAUUCCAACUCGCGCUCUGACUGUCCUGACUGUGUCGCUAGCCCUCUCGGUACAAAAGUCAGUGCGGUAUUAGAUAGAUUUGCAACAUAUUUUUUUACAGCAGCUACCAUCAAUAGCACCAUAGCUGGGACUUUUGGCAAACGUUCCCUUUCCAUACGCCGCCUUCUGUCUACAGAAAACGGUUUUGACAGCGAAGUGAAGAGUCUGACGGUUCUUCCUCAAUUCCAGAAUACAUUUAUCAUCGAUUACAUCUAUACCUUCCAAACAGCAGAAUACGUGUAUUUCUUAUCUGUACAGUGGGAGAGCCCGGAUAAGCCGUACGUCAGGUUUCAGACCCAUCUUGGGCGGCUGCCGAUCCAGGACAGUGAGACAUGGAUGUAUAGGGAGAUAGUUCUGGAAUGCCGCUUUGAGCCCAAAAGAAGGAGAAGGAGCUUUACGGAUGUUGUGUACAAUUCAGUUCAAGCCGCCCACUUUGGUACAGCAGGCAAGGAGCUGGCUGAUCAACUGGGAGUUAGAAUGGAAAGCCCAAUCCUGUAUGGAGUGUUUGCUGUAACUGAUAAGGACGGCAAGCCUACCCGUCAGUCGGCCUUGUGCGCAUUCCCAAUAGACUACGUGAACAGUGCUAUUGAAAAGGGGGUUGACACCUGCUGUUCAGAGCAUCUUCCACGUGGGCUAAGCCAUUUCCAGCCUUUUGAAAGGUGUCCUAAUGGGAAUCCAGAUAAUGUGGAAUGCAACGCUCUCCCCACCAUGGUGUCAAAACCGUACUAUAGAGUGGACUUCUUCAAUGGCCAGUUGAAAGAUGUUCUCCUCACUUCUAUCCUGGUCACUACCAUUGAGAGUAAGACUGUGGCUCACAUCGGCACGGAUCACGGGAGACUCUAUCAGGUUAUUCUCAGCAUGUCACAGCCUGUCAUGUUUGCCAACUACUCUCUCGUAGAAGAACAGCAGCGAGUGUCACGAAUAGCUGCGGUUCUUUCUACUGAGCAUCUGCUUUUUGUCGUCGGAAACAAGUUAUUGAAGGUGUCCACCAGGGGCCCCGGCUGUGCCCAUUUCCUCAACUGUUCAGUGUGUUUAGCAGCCCCUAAGUUCAUGGGAUGUGGCUGGUGUGGUGGAGUCUGUUCCCAAAAGACACAGUGUGAGAACCAGUGGAGUGACAACUCCUGUCCUCCUGUUAUCACUCAGUUUUUUCCAAACACAGUGCCUUUUAAUGGUAAAAGUAAGCUCACUCUGUGUGGAUGGGACUUCCAGUCAGCAUCCAGGCCUGCUAUCACUCAGACUACACAUCAGGUUAUGGUGGGAAACAGCAGCUGUACUGUCAUACCAGAGAAAAGCAGUAGCUCUCAGCUGGUGUGUCGGAUUGACGAUGUGGGCUCAGAACUGAACCAGAGCUUAAAAAUAACAGUGCAGGCUUAUGAAAAGAGAGUGGAUAGUGGAUACUUCAUCUCUGGAGAGGCUAGCAAACAUGGCAUCAGCUUUGUGACUCCAGAAAUCACAGAUAUCAGUCCAGACUAUGGACCUCAGAUUGGGGGAACCCUGAUCACCCUGUCAGGAAAACAUCUUGAUGCUGGUGCAGACAGGACAGUCAGACUUGGGGGCAUAAUCUGCCCUGUUCAAAGUGUCUCCAGCAAUGGGUCUUCUAUAGUUUGCAGGUCUGAAGGUGUGAAGGACAUUACUACAGUAGAUGUGAAGGUUGUAAUUGAUGAAUCAACAAUUUCAACCACAAAAAAUUUUAGCUACAUGGUCAAUCCCGAGGUGAUGGGGUUGAAACCCAGUUGUGGUUUUAAAAGAGGAUCAAAAAUCACUAUCACCGGCCAGAAUCUAAACUCUGUGUCCCAGGCCACCAUAAACUACAAAGGCAACAACACAAGACCCGUUCAAGCUGUGUGCAUUGGUCAAGGAAAUCCCACACAGAUGGAGUGCACAACUCCUGUGUGCGAGGAGUCGAUCGGGACCAUCACCGUGGACCUGGAUGGACUUAAAGGACUUAUGCCUCAGUCAUUCACCUGUCAUCCGAAUGCAGAGCCCAUCCCUUUUGAAACAGAGGGACAUGUGCUUGAACUCAGCCCGGGACAGGAUGAAGUCUCAUUGCAUCACAACAAACUGGGCCUGGUGUCAGGUUGCAUGGAUAUCUUCAUGACAAUUGAUGGAGUGGAUUGCAAGAAUAAAGUUUUGGACAAUGAGAUCACUUGCAGGAUCCCCAAAAAUAUGACCAUCCCUAGGAAGGGAGCACCAGUGAAGGUGUUCGUGAAUAGAGAGGAAUAUUACAUCGGUACGGUGGUAUUUACAAACAGUUACGUUGUGGGCAUUGUGCUGGGCAUCUUAGCUGCAGUUGGCGUUGGGGCGGCUCUGGCUUACGUAGCCAUGGCACAGAAAAAUAAGAGGAAGAAAGCUGCCCUCGCUGAAGCUCGACUUUCCAUGCAUUCAACUCGUCCACCGUUGGAGAAUUAUGACCGAUCACCUGAUGGUGACUAUAGAAGAGGUUUGGCGCUUUCUCUGUUUCGUGAUUCACAAGCAACCUUCUCCAGUUUGCCGUACACCGGGUCCAUGGAUUCUGCAGCAGCUCCACUGAUGCUAACGCAGACGAUCACUGUGUCCUCCCUCCGGCCACAUUUGCUGGAGGAAGUGAAGGAUGUUUUGAUCCCACCAAACAAACUUAAAAUUGAGCAUGACCACAUCAUUGGCAAGGGCCAUUUUGGGACGGUGUAUCAUGGUCACCUUACUGAUAAUGAAGACAAAGAGAUCCACUGUGCUGUCAAGUCCUUGAACAGGAUCACUGAUCUGGAGGAGGUGGAGCAGUUUUUGAGAGAAGGAAUAUUCAUGAAGGCCUUCCACCACCCGCAUGUCCUGUCUCUCUUGGGCAUUUUGCUCCCCAGUGAUGGACUUCCUCUGGUGGUCCUUCCGUACAUGAAACACGGAGACCUCAGACAUUUCAUCCGCUCUGAGAAGAGAAAUCCAACAGUGAAGGAUCUGAUUGGCUUUGGACUCCAGGUUGCCAAAGGAAUGGAGUAUCUUGCAAACAAGAAGUUCGUACACAGAGACCUUGCGGCACGCAACUGCAUGCUGGAUGAGUCCUUUACAGUAAAGGUGGCUGACUUUGGCAUGGCGCGUGACAUUUACGAUAAGGAAUACUACAGCGUUCAAGAUAGUAAAAAAGCAAAGCUGCCAGUCAAAUGGAUGGCAAUAGAAAGCCUGCAGACUCAAAAAUUCACCACUAAAUCAGAUGUGUGGUCAUUUGGAGUAUUGAUGUGGGAGUUGAUGACAAGAGGAGCCAGUCCGUAUCCUGAUGUGGACCCUUAUGACAUCGCUCGCUAUCUAUUGCAGGGUCGUCGACUGCAUCAGCCACAAUACUGCUUAGAUUCCCUGUGGUCCAUCUUGCUACAAUGCUGGCAUCCAGAGCCCGAGAGAAGACCGGGCUUUCCCACGCUUGUGAAAUCCAUUGAUCAGAUCCACUCCAAUCUAGAGGGGGAGCACUACAUCAACCUCCAGCCAAGUGACUUUGAGUUACCCACCUUACCACAAGACCCACAGUCCGUAAAAAGUGUGAAAGCCAAAAGCAAUACACAAGAAGAAGAAAAUGUAAUGUCUUUGUCCAUCUGAAGUGGUCAUGCUUUUAUAAACUUUGUGUGCUGUUAGUCGUGUGGCCAAAUGAAUGUAAGGCUUUUCUUGUGUUGAAUGUCAUUUUUCACAGUUUUAUACUUUUUUAAUAUGGAAAUUUGUUGUUUUACACAAUGUUUUACACUGGAUAACAAUUCAGCAUCAACUGUUAUUUCUCAUACUUUAAUAUUGUCUGUAAUGAUUUGUAUUUUAUGGUACAGGAACACUAUUGCCUUUUAAAGGAAAUAAGAGUGAGUGUUAAUAUUACUUGAAAUAUGGUUUGAUGUUUCAUUCUGCUGUGUUUCUUGUUUGUUUAUCUUUUGUAUAUUUUGUUUAAUGUAAAUAAAUAGAUCAAACAGCACUGAAACUUUAAGCAGUGA